AGGGGCUUACUUAAAGGGAAUAACAGCGCUCCUUUUGUGGAAGCUGGAGGACUGGGAAUGCUGAAUUUAGAGAAAUCUUCUUGUAGGAUUUUCUUUUCAUUCGUUAGUUGCAUUUCUCUAGAACUCUCUAGUUCUCUGGUCAGAUUUCGUUGUUUCUGUGGAUUCUUCUUAGGUCUUAAGGUGUUGAGAUUGAUGUAGAGAUGGGCAGGUCCUAGCAUUAUCAAAGGAAUCGUCUUUUUUGGAAUAUGGUCUCUAUGUGAAAUGCGCUCCGUGAAACUAACUUCACUUUAUUAAACAGAGGAUAUCACCAAUGGAUUCUUCGUGGAAUUUUCACUGUUGAGUCACAGUGGUGAUGCGUCAGUUAAGCUUGUUCAUUACCUCAUGAUUGUGAAGAAAUCAAGCACAGUCGAGAAAACAUUCUGUUUGGAACAGCGCGCUGCUUUCUAUUUAGUGUUUUAGAUUCUCUUGAAAGUGCUUAGUGUCCUUUAAAGAGAGGGCAGAUGGGGCCAAUUGCCUUUCACGUCUCUUUCCAUCUCUGGCUUUUUGCCCUCAAAGAAAAACUUGGGUAGAUGUCCAUGUCAUUUGCCGACACCCAUGGGACACCCUUUGUCUGCCUUGUAGUCUUGCAUUUGUAGUUUGCUAGUGAAUGGUAUAGUUAGGUUAGCUUACAUGAUAAUGACGGAACUUUUUCCAGCAUUUAACUUUGAGAAGAUUCCACCUUCAUAAACAACAGGGUCAUUAGUGGAUGCAAAUGCCUGAGUAUUCCUUGCCACUGAAACUCCCUGAUAUUUUAUCCCUUAAUUUCUUUCUUCAGCUCUUAUGAGUUGGCUCACGACACACCAUCUCUCUAUUUCUUAAACAUCACUUGAGUGUCAUAUUUCCAUUAUCUUCUGAUGCUUUCUAACUGAAAUGUGAUUUCGAAAGUACUCUUAGGCUGGCUACUCUCUAAGUUUAAUGACUCCAUCGUUGUGCUUGUCCGCCCAAGAGAAGGUUUGAUCCCUCUUUGAGCACAUACCCGAAUCCCACCUGACAAUGGCCUGCCUACCUCGGGCAGUUUAACCCGAGCUAUGGAUUUGUUUACAGGCUUCUCCCAGAAAGUUUGGGGGAAAAAAACUAUAAUUCAGUGCCAGCUACCUGAUCGGAAAAACGAGAACCAAAGAAGGCCGAGAGUUGAUAUCGUAUUCCCAGAGUAUUCCGCAAAAAACCUUAUUUUGAUUCUGCUACUGUUUUGCAGUCUUGUGAUGUAUUUUGGCUUAUCUAGAACCAUGACGCCGGCUAGCUUGGCAUUGCAUGCUUUGGUUCUAGCUGAGAAGAAUAUGAGCAUGAACUCGCAUGUUCAAUAAUAUGUAUUAGGUUUCGCAUAAGCUGUUAGAAUGUAACAUCAGAAGUCAGGAUUUUCUUUUCUCAGGUCGGCCAUAACCACCCCGGCGCAAGAAGGUACUGUGGCGAGCGGAGCAGAAAGGGAUGAUGAGAAAGCAAAAGCAUGCUAAGCGAAAUCAGCAAAUUUGUCCACCAGUGAAUAAGAUACAAGAUCAACCAGAAGCUUAUGAGAUCAUGCAGCUACGGAGGCUGCCUGAAUAGAUUAAUGCAGGAUGCAUGAAUCCGUUUCCAUUGGACACGGCUUCAAAUUUUUUACUUAUAUCUCUACGAGUUCCGAAGACACAUUAGCAGACAUGAUCAUGGAGGUGCUUAAUCUCAAUAGUGUUUCUGGUCUGUUGCUGCAGCUUCAAACGUAAUAAUCUGUCCUGUUUUACUUUUGAUAUGUCCUCAGAACUCUGCUCCCGCAAUUAUAUAACUUGAGAAAAAGGGAAGCAUCUUGCUUGGGAAGUCUAAAGGAGAAAAUAUUUAAAAAGAUAAAGUACGAUAGUGAAUUUUUUGAGUGAUCGUGGGGCUCACUUCUUGUUCUCUUUUAUCUUCUUUUCAAAACUUUAAAUUCAUUAUCAUGUCACCAACCACACAUAUACUAAUCCUGGUAUAACCAUUUAAACAUGCGCAUGGAUUCACUAUAUAUAUGAUAGAAGAUAGGAGUCAACUAGCUUGCAAGAGAGGCCUGUGGAAUUGUUCAUUUCUAUAUAUAUUCCUUCCUCACUUCCUUCUUCAUUUCCAGAUAGAAACAGAGGAAGAAAUGGAAGCUUCCCAGCCUCUCUCCAUUGAGAGCUUUUCGUAUAGUUGGCUAGUGAACCGAAAUCCCCUUACAGAAAUUACAGACGGUUCCAUCAGGGCCUCGCUUGAUGCAUCCGAAGAAGCUUAUUUCAUUGAAAUGGACCCCAGAUUCCUUUCCUCAAAGAGCUUCCGCAGGAACUCCAUCUCUCAUGACUUCAAAUUCGAUUUCCCGGCUUCGCAGCCUCCGUUACCUUUUGUUCAUGCUGAUGAGGUCAUUCGCGACGGCUAUGUCUUGCCAUUUUUCGUCGAUCCAUUGAAGCUGAAGCCCUGCGAAGCCUUGGACCCGACUUCUUCCCUGCCUCCUCCAGUUCAUGCGAAGAGAACCGUGAUGCCCGAAAGCAGAUUGCGUUCUCCAUCGUUGAGGCAGUGCCGGCGACUAUCAAGGCGGAUAUUCCGGAAGUACUUGCAUUUGUUCAGGCCACUCGUUCAGAUAAUGCGAGGACGCGGGACGGGACCCAAAGCAGAGGAAACUCGUAGUGCAAAAAGUCAGGCGAUCAAGAACUCCGUCUAUCCGGUCGAGUGCUCCCCCAGGAUAAGCUCUGCGUACUCCGCGGAUGAAUGGCGGAGGUCCUGCGAUUCAGAGAGCUCCAUUUACGAGGCGGUUCUCCACUGUAAAAGAUCCAUCGGGAGAUGAGAAGAGGCUAAAAUGCUCCCAGGAAGGGUGUCCACAAAGAGAUGCGAUGGACCAAUGUAGAAGAUGAAAUACAGUAAAAGGCCAAUUGGAGAUAAAGAAAACAGAGCGAGAUAUGCCCGGUCGGCUUUACUGGAAGUCGCCGUGGGAAUCUCCAACUCUAGGAGGAAAGAAUAUGGUUGGAACUAGUACUUUAAUUUUUCCCAAUGGAGGAAAAAUCUUCGGACUGAACUUAAAAAAAGAUAAUGUCCUUCUUGCCGUGCUAUGUUCUUUAGCAGACUCGUCUUUUGCUACUCUAUGUGUUGUCGGUUUCUCUCAAAAUCUCAGCAGGACUAGUUUGUGAGAUUAAGUCGUGACAAUUUGCUGCGUGCCCGUUGCUGCACGAAGCGAAUGCAAUGCUCCAAAAUCGCCCUUCAGGAUGUAGUAAUCCGGGUUGCGAAUGAGUGACGCCGUUACAAAAAGAGAGGCGGAAACUUUUCAAUUUGUCCAAAACGAAUUUCUGAUAUUAAGCAGUUGCCUCGGCUU